AUGUACUCGAUCACCCUUCUCUUGACUAUCUUCCUCCUGGGCCGGCUAGGACUCGUUAAUGGUGCGAUCUGUGCGACGCUCACUGCUACGUCCUUUACGACUGCUACCACUCGAUCUCAUACAACGACCGUCACUAAUCACAGACGAACGGAUAUCUACACGACUAGCACCGUCACACCGACAGUCACACGUACCACCACAAUCGCCACCCAUCUCAUCACAGUGACUUCAACAGGACGAACCGUCUACGUACCCUGUCGAACACCCCGACCAGACAGACGAUCAGCCGAACAAGAUGGACUCUGGGCCGAUGAAAGGGGUCUAUCGAACGCAGAGAGAUUACAACUCGGUUUACCCCUUGCUAAACCUCGGUUCGACAAGAAACAAAUCCCACAGCCAAGUAAUGGUAAUGGGAGAUUCCCACCUCCUGGUGUUGUCAGAGUCGGUCCUAGCUGUACUACCAUUUAUAUUACCAGUACUUCAACUGCAUUUACCAUUACUACUCAAACGCCUACUACUGUUGUAACAACUACUAGCUGUGUCUUUACGAUUACUACUGAUGCUACCAGUUAUGGCAGGACGACAGUGACCGACACUUCUACUCAUAUACAGACUAGAACCGGAAGACCGACAACUACUACCCAGGGAGUUACAACCACAAGUACUGCAACCGUUCAUACAACUGUCACGAGAACGCUUCCAUGUCCUCCUUGA